AAAAUGUCAUAUGAGUUUCCUUUUUCAGUCCCUCCGGAGACAGGACUGAUGGUACUGGCUCCCUGACACACCAAAUUAUCUGCUUCACUCGGCUAUAGAAUGUCUCAACUCCUGGGUAACACAAGUUCACAUGAACAGGCUGCUGUGUAUUAUGCACCGGAAUCCAUAGUCUCCAUUGCUAUCUUCAUCAUCAUUUUCAUCGUAGGUAUCCCAGGCAAUGGAUUGGUCAUCUGGGUAGCUGGUCUGAAAAUGAAAAGGUCUGUAAACAUUGUCUGGUUCCUAAACCUUGCUGUGGCUGACUUCAUGUGCUGCCUAUCUUUGCCUUUUUCCAUUGUUCACCUGGCCCUCCACGAAUACUGGCUGUAUGGUUGGUUCCUCUGCAAAGUCAUUCCAUCAGUCAUAAUCUUCACCAUGUUUACUAGCGUCUUCCUACUCGUGGCCAUCAGCAUUGAUCGCUGCCUCCUUGUGAUGAAACCUGUCUGGUGUCAAAAUCAUCGAACAGUAAAAUCUAUAUCACUAGUUUGCAGUGGCAUUUGGAUCCUGGCCUUCAUUUUCUGCUGUCCUGUCUUCCACUACCGUGAGACCAGUACUUAUGAUGGCAAAACUGAGUGUGUGUACAAUUUUGGAGAUGAAAAGGUGUUAGAUUACAGGGAUGAUUCUGUAAAUGAGUUAUUGGAAACAUACUCACCUUUAGCCUACAGUGGUAAUGACUCAUGGGGAAAUUUUUAUGAAGGUGAUUAUCCUGUAUCCCUUGCCUUAGUGGCAAUAAACGUCACCAGGGCUGUCUUUGGCUUUGUACUCCCCUUUGGUAUAAUGGCAGUUUGCUAUGCCCUUAUCGCUUUCAGAAUGCGUGCAAAUCGGUUCCACAAGCCGCGCAACAGGAUGCUGCAAACAAUUGUGCUUGUGGUAGCCGCAUUCUUCAUCUGCUGGGCUCCAUACCAUAUAGUUGGGAUUCUGUCCCUUGUACCAACUCUUGGAACAGAACUGAUGGAGUCAUUGAUCCUCUGGGAUCACCUCUCUACAGCACUUGCGUAUGCCAACAGCUGCAUCAACCCCCUGGUCUAUGUUUUCGUGGGACAGGACUUCAGGGCAAAGGCACGGCAGUCAGUGCAAGGAAUAUUGGAAGGUGCCUUUACUGAGGAACCAACUCGUUCAAUCCCUUGCUCCCUUGACAGAAGCAAGACCUCAACAGAGAAGGACACGAGCAGUACAGUGUAAAGCAGGACUUCUGAUGACCAUUGAAUGAAGAGCAAGCUCUGGCCCCACACAUCGAUCGCUCUCCACAUAACAGGUUUUUCUACUCUAAUACACUUUAUUAUUCUGUGGAUCCACACACAGGACACUGAGAUAGUUCAGAUGAGCACAGCUAACUAUCUUUAUAGCCUACUCUGGAGAGGUAUGAAGUUGGAAGUACCAAGAGUAAUAAUCUGAGGGAAGAUGGUGAAGCAGGAGCCACAGAGUAUCCAAACCUUUGAAUAGGAAAGCAGGCUUACAGAAUAACUUGUGGUAGGCUCACGUAGUUUAACCUCUGAAUUGCUAGAUGAGAAUGUAAUCAGAGUUAUUUGCAUAUGCCUGUAUUUGCAUAUGGCUACGUUCUUCAUCUCUUGUGUCUGAUAAAACUGCAGGUGAAACUAACUUUGAUGUCUCUCCAUGGAAUCUCUCCUCUCUUCUUUCCUUUCCUUUGACCAGACCUGGAGUCUGAGGGUUUUUUUUUUCCUGAAGAUCUUCCUGGAGGGUAGUGCUACAUUUUCUGACAGCAGUGCAUGAGAACAGCACUUGCCCCAGUCACCUGCAUUGAACUGACUUUUGAUGUCCUGGCAGAUGCCCAAGGUAUUUCUUUGUCAGAGUAAAUACGUCACUGUACAGUCAUUACUGGUCCAAUGUACAGGCUGUAGCUACGUUUGUUAGCAUGCACUUAUCCACUGUCUCCUCAACGCUCCUCCUACCAAAGUCCCAAAUCCUCCUUUUAGGAGGUAGACCAGGAUUACCCAAGUGUACCUACUGCAGUUUAAGAUGGCACAUGAGCAGAAUUUAAACACUGCAGUCAUUGAUCAACCAGACUAAAAAUGGCAGCUGGACUAUCAGCCAAUUGAUAAAACCUCAGCACAGAGAAGCUAUUAGCUCCAGUCUCACUCCAAGAAGGUGGGGACCAAGCCUGUUGUAGACAGCAUGACAUGACUGUGUCACAAGAGAUGUGCUUCUCAUGUCUUUCUGGUGGAGGAAGAGAAACAUUUCAUCCAGUUGGGCUAUUUGGGAGCGUUUCCCAAGCUUGAAUAUUCCCUGCUCCUGAAAAGCAAGCAUAGGUACUCUAAGGUGCUGGUUUAAAACCUGCUUUCUGUGUUAAUCCUUCUUUAAAGUAGUAAGGUCAACUAAUGGUAUGACAGAGAGCCACUAAGCAUCAGUAUAGUGUUUGCUGUGCUUUUCUGGUGAGCACAAGUUGAAAUUCACUGAUCUCAGUGCCCUGAGAACAACCCAGCUGUGAGAACUUCCAACUCUUUGUCUUGACAUCCUAAAAAAGUCUCGGUUGAAAAGCAUGUAUGCGUGUGGGCUGGUAAUUUAGCAAUGUCCACACCAAAAUUCUGUUUCUAUGGUAAGGAGGUGGCAACCAAGCCCACCUGCCAGGCGCCGCUGAGAAAUUCAAUACUGGCAUCAAAGGAGUUAAACCAUAAACAUUCACUUUUUGUUUUUAUUAAGAAAGCAUGCACAAAAAUAAACUAGUGAGACCACGCCCCUCUCUCCCUGACCACUGACACAAAGCACUGGGGGCCACAGCAUGCUGGAAGGGCCUGCAGGAAUCCCUCUCAGGGGCACUCUGACAUCACUCCCCCUCCUGCAGUCCAGGACCUGCAUGCCUUGCAGAGCUCCACGCUGCCCACCCGAUGCCUUCCCACACACUAACAACAUACAUUGAUUUCAAGGGCAGAGGAACGAGGCUAAUUUUGCACACUGACCGGCAUGUAUUUACAUAUGCAAAUGAGGCACAACUUAAUAUGCAAAUGAGGCAAAUAUGCAAAUGAGGAGCACUUGGAUAUGCAGAAGGAGCCAUCUUGGUUUGUUUUUCUUCCGGUGGUAUUUUCAGACUCCCACAGGGCCAGCUCUCAGCAACAUCCUCUGCAAAGCAGUCACUGGCACCUGCCAUAGGCUGUCUCUCAUGGGUGUCUCCGGUGCCAAGUUCCACAGAAACCCAUCACACGUGCUUCCAAGCUGCAUCACUCCCAUCCUGAGCAGCAGAGACAACAGCUGACUCUAUGCUGAAGUUGUCCGUGAUUCCUCAUUUCUCCCGGAAACACUCAAUGAUGAACUCCCACCCAAACGCACACUCAAAAAAAAAAGAAAAAAAAGAAACAAAACUGCUCCUCCCCCCCUAUAAUAAGACUCUGUCGACUUUCCUGACAAAAUCCAAUUGGUUUAUCCCUACAGCAAAUUUAAAAAGCAAUGCUAGUUCCCCACUUUCCCACAGUCAGAGCAGAGGUUAUGAUUCCCUUGCGCUAGGCCUGCCAAACAGCCACUGUGUUUUAUUUCAGUCUUGGUUCCCUUCAUUGGUAAACAGGGAAUACUGGCUAUGGGGAGGUCUUACAAAAUAUUAAGGGGAAACAAGAGGUUUAACAGAACAGAGCCAUACCAGAAAAAAGGGCAACACACAACAGCUUUGGGAAGGAGGCAUCUCAACACUCACUCCUGCUCCUGCACCUUUUCCACCUUCCUGAUUUUCAAAUGCUGACACAACUCAUUCUUCAGGAUUUACAGUAGAUUCCAUCACCUCCCCAGUUGAACUCCAAGGGGUCUGACCCACCUCCACCCUCCUCCCUUUUCCACUACACUCCCUGGCUGAUCGGUUUGACAAUCUGCCCCACUUCACCCCCUCUCUUCUCAUGUACCUUUUACAAAAUUCACUUGUGAGGGCCUCCCAGUCACUUGACCAGAGCGAGUCCAGCCCCUUGACCAUAAGCCCCAAUUCACCUCCCCUCUGAGCACAGCUUCCUUUUUCCAUCAUUCAGAAGCAGGAAGCACUGACUGCGAACUUGCACCCUUCCAGCAAGACCCUGUUGCUGGUAGUCUCCAACCAGAGGCACAGUCUCCAACAAAAUAUGAGAGGCAGAGGGCCAAAUAAAAACUGAACAAAUACUGACUGGAGAAAACUUCCAGAUUUGCAUAUGCAAGAAAGAGCCUCACUACAUAUUUUGAAGAAGGGCUUUAAGGGGUGGGAGAUGAAAUUAAAAGCUCUGGGAAGUAGAAUUUUCAGAAUCACCUGUGACACGCCUGACCACUCCUUUUACCUGACCAGU